UAAUGUGGGCCAUAUUGCUGCGGAAUCUAGAAAGUUUGGUGAGUGCAGUCCGUGCAGGGCUGUGAUAGGCUAGAGAUAGUGGUUAGAAGGAAAUUGUGGUGUGUCAGCCUCCAGUGAUAACGCCUUGGGUAAUUUGAGACAGGAGGGGGUGAGGGGUGUGAGGUAUUGUGCCGGGUGUUUAUUCAGGUCAGAGGACUUUUAAAUGUGAAUAGUCAGAACAGAAGCAAGCAGCCUGUGUGCAGUGUGCAAGGUCCCAAAUGGAGAAGCUUGUUGUCCUGUUGGUCGUUAUCCUGUCCGUGCUUGGGAAGACGCUCUGCCACCCACUGACAGACACUGAGCCCUCUCUACGCUUUGCGGUGAUUGGCGACUGGGGAGGGCUGCCCCUUCCUCCUUACUACACCAAGCAAGAGCAAUUGGUUGCAACUGAGCUGGGCGAAACAGUUUCCAAAUGGGGGGCCGACUUCAUUGUGUCUGUUGGAGAUAACUUCUACUAUGAUGGAGUGACUGAUGUAACGGAUCUCAGGUUUGAGGCGACCUUUGAGUCUGUGUUCAACGCACCCUCCCUGCGCAAUGUCUCUUGGUACAUUAUUGCCGGGAACCAUGACCACAAAGGAAAUGUGACUGCAGAGAUGGCUUACUCCAAUGUCUCUUCCCGCUGGAACUACCCGGAUCUGUACUAUGACGUGUCCUUCAAGAUUCCAACUACGAAUGUAUCUCUGCGGCUGCUCCUCCUGGACACCAUAAUGUUGUGCGGGAAUUCAGAUGAUUCGCUGGGGGAGCAACCCAUGGGGGCAACCAACAUUAGGCUGGCAGAGAAGCAGCUGGAGUGGCUGACGGAGAAACUGCAGAGUGCCAAGGAGGAAUACCUGCUGGUGGCCGGGCAUUACCCAGUAUGGUCCAUAGCGGAGCAUGGUCCCACCAGCUGCCUCCGAGAGUACGUGGAGCCCUUGCUAAAGAAGUAUGGAGUGACGGCCUAUCUGUGUGGACAUGACCACAACAUGCAGUACCUCCAGGAUGAUUACGGCAUUGGGUACGUGCUGAGUGGAGCGGGAAAUUUUAUGGAGGAUUCCCGGAAGCACGAGAAAGAUGUUCCGGAAGGAUAUCUACGUUUCUACCAAGGUGAAUUGGAAGCAAUGGGGAGCUUUGUCUACAUGCAGGCUACCCCUAAGGAACUGAAUAUAACCUACAUACAGUCUGGGGGCAAGAGUACCUUCCGCACCACCCUGCACCCACGUCGCCGGUAGCCAUCUCUGCUACACAGCCCCUGCUAGCUGUCCUGACAUAAUAGUGAAUGUUUUCCGUUGAUCGUCCAUCAAAUACUUCAGUGACCUGAAGCGUCGGUCGUAUACAGAAUAGAUCACAGACUGACCAUUUUAAAGUAGUGAUAUUUAAGACUGUGCCACAAAAUGAACAAAUAAUGUGUAAAUGUUGGUGAAAUUUAGGGGGACAUUUACUAAGCAGUGAUAAGAGAGGAGAAGUGAGCCAGUGGAGAAGUUGCCCCAUCAACCAAUCAGCAGCUCUGUAUAAUUUUAUAGUGUGCAAAUUAUAGAUGUUAGUUCAGUGCUGAUUGGUUGCCAUGGUCACUUCUCCACUGGCUCACUUCUCCGCUCUUAUCACUGUUUAGUAAAUGUCCCCCUUAUUGCUGGUUUGUUUUUACUAUUUUAAUCAUUCUGAUUUGUAGAAAUCCUAAUCCAGAGAGAAAGGUACUUUUAAAAUCUGCCUUUUUGUAUGCUAAACCAGUAUUCACGAGCGCAUGGCUUGUUAAUUCACUGUGAGCAGGUGACCGCACCAAGGUGUGAGAUCAGGAGCUGGGGGCUCUCAUGUCCCCAGUCUGCCGACCUCUGUCCGAUCUAGUCUACUGAUGUGACCCCAGCAGGCGGUUCUCUAUCUGAUGCUCUGGGUCUCUGUCCCUCUCCCUGUCUGUCAAUGCAUCGGUGCCACUCCCUUGCCUGCUGUCAUAGAGAGCUGUUCCCACUCCAGACAAGACGGCUGCUUGCUGUGGGCGAUGUGGACUGCUGUAUGUUGGGCGCAUCUGGCAGCGGGUAGCUGCCUACGAGGUAACAGAGUGGAUUACAUGGGCACCGGGACUCCAUAGUACUCUACAGCGGCUUAGCCCUCCCAGGCUACGGCGCUCCAAGUGACGGCCCUGUCAGCCUGCCCCUUGAGCCGCCCCAGGCUACGGCGCUCCAAGUGACGGCCCUGUCAGCCUGCCCCUUGAGCCGCCCCAGGCUACGGCGCUUCAAGUGACGUACCUGUCGGCCUGCUUCUUGUGCCGCCCCAGGAUAAAGCACUCUGAGCAACGGCCCUGUCGGCUCGCCACUUCAGCUGCACCAAUGUGUCUCCUUACACUAGUUCCCACUAAAUGGAAUAUUGGUUCAGCACACAAAUUGGAUGUAACCAGCAGUAACGUGUACUAUGAAGUUUUUAUAUAAUUGUUAAAUCCUAUGUAAUCUUCUAUGUAAUCAACAAAUUUUUCUAGAAUUAUAUCUGAAAUAUCGGAGACCAUAAGUGAGUGUUUAAAUUUCAAAUUCAGAUGGUCGCUGUUCUUGUGUGGUGGUGUUGUUGUUGUUUUUUAAUAAAAAAAGACCCACAAAACUUUAUUUAAAAACUCAACGGUUUGUCAUAUUUGCAAUGUACUUCUCACAGGAUUAUGGGGCAGGGACUAAAGAAUUUUGAGAACAUUACAUUUAAAAACUAGCGCAUGAUCUUCUCAUUCUUCCCCUCAUAUGUCGUGCAGCUGUUGACUCCUGCGUGCAUGACCCAUGAUGCUAUUUUCCGCACAUUUGUGGCUUUUGCAUAUAAAAACCUGCUGUAUCUGUACCAGAAUCCUGUCCCCAAAAGUGUCUUUUUUUUUUAUUUUUUAUAAUCUUUCUUUGAGCUUUUGUUUACGUUUAGCCUUUCAAAUGUAUGUUAGUGUCUAUGUAUCUUUUAAAUUGUACAUUUAUUAAAUGUUUGGAACAAUU